AUGGGUUAUAACGACAUGAUUCACAGGGCCAAUUUGGCCGUGGCUAAAUCUUUCGUGGGUAGAAGGUUUCGCCUCGAAGGCUCUGGUCACCCCAAGGAGCGCAAAGGCUCCUAUUUCUUCACCGAAAUCCGUGCUGGACUAGCAACUUUCUUCGCUAUGGCAUACAUUAUCUCCGUCAAUGCGACCAUCGUCUCCCAAUCUGGCGGUACUUGCGUCUGCUCACCGGAUAGCCCGGAUCUUUGCGACAGUGACCCCGAAUACAUGCUUUGCGUGGCAGAAGUCCAGCGAGACUUGGUCACUGCGACAGCAGCCAUUGCUGCUUUGACGACCUUCUGCAUGGGUCUUUUUGCAAAUAUGCCUAUUGCUCUGGCACCUGGAAUGGGUCUUAACGCCUACUUUGCAUAUACUGUUGUCGGAUACCACGGCUCAGGUCUGGUCCCUUACUCUGUUGCCGUAACUGCAGUUUUUGUCGAAGGCUGGGUGUUUGUCGGGCUCACCAUCCUUGGAUUACGACAAUGGUUGGCUCGAGCGAUUCCAGCAUCCAUUAAACUUGCUACAGGUGUCGGCAUUGGUCUUUACCUGACUUUAAUUGGUCUGACCUACAGUGCAGGCAUUGGCGCGGUCACUGGUGGCACUGCUGUCCCUCUUGAGCUUGCAGGGUGUAAGCCAGAGUUCAGGGAUGAAUUUGGCAUCUGUCCAGCUGGUGCAAGAAUGCGCAACCCUACCAUGUGGAUUGGUAUCUUCUGUGGUGGCUUCCUCACCGUCAUUAUGAUGAUGUUCAGAGUCAAAGGCGCAAUCAUUUUCGGUAUCUUGCUCGUUAGCAUUAUUUCGUGGCCCCGCGGUACCGAGGUCUCAUACUUCCCAUACACCGACCUUGGUGACAGCAUGUUCGAUUUCUUCAAGAAGGUUGUCACAUUCCAUCCUAUCAAGCGCAUCUUGGCAGUUCAAGAAUGGGACAUCUCGGGAUACGGCGGACAAUUUGGUCUCGCUUUCAUCACAUUCUUGUAUGUCGACAUCCUGGAUUGCACAGGUACUCUGUACUCCAUGGCUCGCUUCUGUGGAGCUAUCGAUGAAAAAACCCAGGACUUCGAAGGCUCUGCCGUGGCAUACCUCGUUGAUGCUGUCGGAAUUUCAAUUGGAGCGUUACUAGGUACCCCUCCGGUCACAGCGUACAUUGAAUCUGGUGCGGGUAUCUCAGAAGGUGGCGCCACAGGCCUCACUGCCAUAACCACUGGACUCUGCUUCUUCAUUUCAAUCUUCUUCGCACCAAUUUUUGCCUCCAUCCCGCCUUAUGCAACUGGCACAGUCUUGAUCAUCGUCGGUUCGCUGAUGGCUAAAUCUGCGGCUGACAUCAAUUGGCGAUAUAUUGGAGAUGCUAUUCCAGCAUUCCUGACUAUCGCCAUCAUGCCAUUCACAUAUUCGAUCGCGUACGGCCUGAUCGCUGGUAUCAUCUCCUAUAUGGUCUUGAAUACUAUUGUUUGGAUUAUCGAAAAGGUAUCCGGUGGCCGCAUCAAGCCAGCUGACAAGGAGUACAAAGAUCCAUGGACCUACAAGAUCGAAGGCGGUGUUCUACCUCCUUGGGUAACCCGUGCCGCCAAAGGCAAGAAAGACUUCUGGCGACCAUAUGAAGACGUUGAGCACAACAAUAACGCGCCCAUUGGUACUCAUAUCGAUGGCCAGGAAGGUCCUGUUGAAGGACAGAAAACUGUACACAAUACUGGGAUCGAUGAUGUCAGGGACGGUAGUACCUCGUCUGAUGGAGAGAAAGUCAAGCAAUAA